AUUAUUUACUAUGAUAUUUACAUAAUUUUUUGAAAAUAACAUAUUAUAGUACCUUUUUACAUUAACUUACCUGAUUUAUUUGUUUUUCUUACAUAAAACCUUUAAAUAUAAUAUAUAAAAUAUGCAAAAUAAUAAUUUUAUAUAUUUGUUUUUUUUCAAUUGUGGGCCCCACAAAUUUGGGGACCCCAUACCAAUGUUUCUUUUGUAUGCCCACAGAUCCGGCCUGAAUAGGAUUAUAAUUAUAUACCCUCUAUUUCUUCCAUUUCUUCUUUUCUCUCUCCCUCUAUUUUCUUCUCUCUCUUCUUUAUUUCUCUAAUAUGUAAUGUUAAAAUAACGUAUUGUUGUAAUAUAUUCUAUUUACGAAACAUAAAAUAAAAUAGUAAUUAUACAAACUUAUCUACAUAAUCUGAUUAACUGGCCAGUAUACAUCAAAUCAAAAUAAAUGCUUUUAAAUUUUCUUAACAAAUCUAAUUUACAAAAUUAAGAAUUAAAAUAUUUUUUAUUUUAAUAUAUUUGAAUAUAUGUAUAUAUAUAUAAUUAUAUUAUUUUAUAGAUUUUCUUAACGUAAAUAUUCUGCACUUUGAAAAAACGAAUCAAAAUCUAAUUGUCUUAUUAGAAAAAAAAUUAUUCUCAUCGACCCAACCCUUUUUUGUAAGUAUUUAAAAUAAAUACACCAUUUUUUUAUAUAGUUAAAUUCACUCUUAUAAUUAUGGAAAAUAACAUAAUACCACUAAAUGUGUUUCCAAACAACACAAUAACUAAUUUUAUAUCCAAACAAGAUAAAAUAUUAGGUCCUACUUUUUUUAAAAAAAAUUAUUUAUCUGCUUCUAAAUUAUUUGAUUUAAAACCACUCAAAUAAUUUAUAAAAAUUUGAAAAAAACUAUAACUAUUUUCCCGGGUUUAAAUACUACAAAUAAAUCAUUCAACAUGAAAUUAGUUAAAUUAAUUGAUUUUUUUUGUAUUUUCAUAAAUAAAAAUUUCAUUCCUUAAAACUUAAUAAAUAUUACAUUCUUUUUGUUAUUUUUUAUUCUUAAAAACAUAUAAUUAUAUAUGAGAUUGAUGCUUGGUUUAAGUUGACAUCAAAUAGUUUUAAGCAAAUAAAAUGUUAGAGUCAAUAAAUUAACGUCAAAUAAGUUUUAUAAUUAAAAAUUUAUCAAAUAAAUUACAUAUAUUUUAUUAAAACAGGUUGAGAUAAUUAAAACAAAAUUUUGUAAUAUUUCUUAUAAUUUUCUAUUUAAUAUAAAUACAAUAAAAUAAUAUAAUUAUGUAGUUUUAAAUACAUUAAAAUAAAAUGUUAAAACAUUACUUAUCAAAAAUGUUAAAAUCCAUUGAUAUUAUAAAUUAGAUUUUGUUAAAAAAAUUGCAUUCUUUAAGUGCGAAUCAUAAUAUAGAUUUCAGAAACAUUGUAUUGGACUCAAUUUCUUAUAAGCUUUGAAACUAAAUGCACCUCUAUAAUAUAAAGUUAACCCACCCAAAAUCAUUAAGACUCCCUUCUUUAUUCUAUUGAUUUCUUAAUAACUUACUCCCUUCUUUAUACAACAUCAGUACUCUCUUAUACUAUCAAUGGUUUAGUAAAUAUCUGGUCCAAAAAUUGUAUAUUGUUGAAUACUGGAUUGUAUUAUGCUUUUUCAAAAAAAACUACCAUACAUUCAUAUUUGACCAGUUCACCUUCUUUUUCUCGUGCAGGGUUUACCAGGGUUUACCAGUUCGAUGAGGCUCUGGAUCGGAUAUAAAAACUGAAUAAAACUAAAGACGCGUAUAUAAAUAUUUUAAUAACAUAAAUAUGUAAACUUAAAUUAAAAAAUAGUAUUUAAUACCAACUAACAUUUUUAUCAAAAUUAAAUUCGCACAGGAUAUAGGAUUGCUAGAAAUGUUAGGUACAAAGAAAGCAGGGUGGGAUGCACAGCACCUAAUAUUCAUGCGUUCCAUUCCCUUGCUUGGAACGUAUAAUGCAUCUCAGAAGAUAGUCUUCUUGUAGGGCAGAAGACGACUUAACCACUUGACAAUAAUUAUUGGGUAUCAUCAACUAACAGUGUAAAAAACUGUUGUGAUCAACAUCAUAUAAUAAAUCCAAACUCUUUAUUGCUGGAAAGUCAUGUGGGUGCCUGCUGCUUGUGGAAUUUUUAGACUAUAGUUUUAUAUUUAAAACCCCUCUUUCGGAGAACGAGAAGGGAACACUUCAAAUCAGUAUUUAGCUGUUUGUAAGGCUAAUUGACCAGUACACAUCAAAUCAAAAUAAAUGCUUUCAACAUGAUAUAACGUGGAAAAAAAGUUUUGCUCAUGCAUUCUAUAUUCCUUUACUGGGAAGGUAAAUGCAUCUCAUAAGAUACUUAUAUCUUCUUGUAGGGCACAUAACGACUAAACCACUUGACAAUAGUUACUGGGUAUCUCAUUAAAUUAACGUGGAAAAAGAUGUUUCGAUCAACAUCAUAUAUUAAAAAUGUGGGUACCUGCUGCUUGUGGAAUUUUUAUACUAUAGUUUUAUAUAUAAAACCCCUCUUUUGGAGAACGAGAAGGCAACACUUUAUCUUUUGAAGCUUGAAUGAUCAUGAAGCUGUUUCUUUUACUUGCGUUAAACACUCUCAUCUUAUUCCAAAUUUUAGAUGCGAGUUCUUUCUAUGAAGCGUCUAAGGCUGAUGGUAACGCUGAUAGAAAAGCUUUACUAGUGUUCAAGUCUCAAGUUUCUGCGAACAAUAGACUAGCCUUGGUCUCGUGGAAUGACUCAACUCCGUUCUGCCAAUGGAAAGGUGUUACAUGUGGCCGCAAACAUAAAAGAGUUACAGGCUUAGACCUGGGAGGGUUAGAACUUGGUGGGAUCAUCUCGCCUGCUAUCGGUAAUCUUUCUUUCCUCAGAACUCUUAAUCUUGGAGAGAACUCUUUUAGUGGUACCAUCCCAAAAGAGGUGGGAAUGUUGUCUAGGCUUCAAGAGUUGAAUAUGAGCUAUAACAAUCUCAAAGGAGUGAUUCCAACAAGCCUGUCUAACUGCUCUAGAUUGGUGGAACUUGUUUUAACAUCAAACAAUCUUGAAAACGGUUUACCUUCAGAGCUAGGAUCGUUGUCUAGCCUUGAAAGUUUGUUUCUUAGUAAAAACAAUCUUUCAGGGAGGUUUUCGACGUCUUUAGGAAACCUAACAUCACUCAAACAACUUUCCAUUGCAUAUAAUAAUAUGGAGGGAGAGGUUCCAAAAACAAUAGGUAGACUGAGCCAGUUGAUAAAUCUCCAAAUUUCAAUGAAUAAUCUCUCAGGUUUUUUCCCACCAGAAAUUUACAACUUGUCUUCAGUUAGGUAUUUGUCCAUUGGUGCCAACCAUUUCUCGGGUAGUCUAAGGCCUGAUUUUGGAUAUAUGCUUGCAACACUUAGAGAGUUGCAAAUGCCGAUGAACUCUUUCUCAGGAGAUCUUCCAAAAACAAUAUCCAAUAUCUCGACCCUUCAACUGCUAGAGGUUUCACAAAACCAUUUCACAGGAAGUAUCCCAGUUAGUUUUGGAACAUUACAAAAUAUUCAGUAUCUGGGGCUUAGUCAAAACUCUUUUGGAGGAAACAGCCUAGGGGGAGAUCUAGAAUUUCUCAAGUCUUUGGUCAACUGCACUAAGCUGCAAAUGUUGGAUGUUGGUUACAAUAGACUUGGAGGGGAAUUGCCAAUUCAUGUAGCUAAUCUUUCUAAAGAUAUAACAAAAAUAUACAUGGGAGGAAAUCUCAUAUCUGGCAGCAUUCCUCAUGAGAUUGGAAAUCUCAUAAACCUGCAAGCAUUUGCCAUGGAGAGAAACUUGUUGACAGGAGGAAUACCGGCGUCUCUUGGGAAAAUUUCAGGAUUGAUUUUCUUGGCACUGAGCUCAAAUAGAAUGUCAGGAGAGAUACCUAGUGAUCUCGGAAACAUCACUCGGUUAGAGAAACUCCAUUUAUUCCAAAACAGUUUUGAAGGAAGCAUUCCUCCCAGUCUUGGGAACUGUCGUUCCCUGUUAUACCUUUGGAUUGGAUACAACAGGUUAAACGGGACUAUACCUCAAGAAAUCAUGCAGUUGGAGUCUCUUGUUCAAUUGUUUGUGAAUAUAAAUCAGCUGACCGGUCCUUUUCCUAAAGAUGUUGCAAGGUUAAAACAAGUUGUUCAGCUAUCUGUUGCAGACAAUAGAUUGUCAGGAAACAUCCCAGAGACAAUAGGAAGUUGUCUCUACAUGGAAAACCUUUACCUGGGAGGAAAUGCAUUUGAUGGAGCUAUUCCAGAUAUCAGAAACUUGAGAGGACUUACACUCUUUAACUUAUCAAACAACAAUUUUUCAGGCAACAUACCUGAAUAUCUCGCCAACUUUUCCUCCUUGGAGAGUUUAGAUCUCUCUGGUAACAACUUUCAGGGAGCUGUUCCGACAAAAGGAGUGCUUCAACAUCCCGAAAAGUUUUCGGUAUCUGGUAAUAAAAAUCUUUGUGGAGGAAUCCCUGAACUCAAGUUAAAGCCAUGCCCUCGAAACGUCGUAGUUUCAAGGACGACGAGAAGACAUUCAUCAAACAAGAAGAAAAUUUUCAUCAGUGUUGGUGUUAGUGUUGGUGUAGUAGCUUCUCUUCUGUUGUUGGCUCUAAGUUUGCUUAUGAAAAGGAAGAAGAAAAACACCAACCACUUGAUGAUGUCGAAUCCUCCAAUAUUAGACCCUUUCUAUGAAAGGGUAAGCUAUGAGGAACUUCGAGCUGCGACGAAUGAGUUCUCCUCCAGCAAUCUGAUUGGUUCAGGAAACUUUGGUUCUGUUUUUAGAGGGUUGCUUGGUCCGGAGGAGUCUAAAGCUGUUGCGGUUAAAGUUCUAAAUCUUCAAACGCGGGGCGCAGCCAAGAGCUUUAUGGCGGAAUGUGAAGCCUUGAAAGGUAUAAGGCAUCGAAACCUCGUGAAACUUGUGACUUCUUGUUCAAGCAUUGAUUUCAAAGGAAAUGAAUUCAAAGCUCUAGUGUACGAGUUUAUGCCCAACGGAAACCUAGACACGUGGCUGCACCACCACCAAGUGGAUGUCGAAGAAGGCUCUUUAAAUCAUACAAGACCGCUGAAGCUAUCUGAACGACUUAACAUAGCCAUAGAUGUGGCUUCUGUUUUGGAUUAUAUCCAUUCCCAUUGUCAUGACCCUUUAGCUCAUUGUGAUCUAAAGCCAAGCAAUGUUCUCCUAGACAAUGAUCUAACAGCCCAUGUAAGUGACUUUGGUCUUGCUCGGAUCAUUGACCAAGACUCCUUCAUCAACCAAGUUAGCUCCACGGGUGUUAGAGGAACCAUCGGCUAUGUAGCACCAGAAUAUGGAAUGGGAGGCAAACCAUCGAGGGAAGGGGAUUUGUACAGCUUUGGGGUUCUUUUGCUGGAGAUGUUCAGUGGAAAGCGUCCAACGGAUGAACUUUUUGUGGAAGGUUUUACUCUCCGUAGCUAUACCGAGUCCGCAUUGGCCGCAGAACAUGUCCUUGAGAUAGCUGACACAUCGAUUCUCAGCGGUGAAAUUCAUAACAAGAACAUGAGUGCUAUUGCUGAGUGUUUGAAGAUGGUUUUUAAUGUGGGGAUACGGUGUUGUGAACAAUCUCCCACAGAUCGGAUGACAAUGGCUCAAGCUUUACCUGAAUUAGUCUCACUCCGAGAGAGGUUCCUCAGAACCAAUAUGAGGAAAAUGUAGACGCUCCAUUGUGGUGAUCUCUUACAAAAUUUGCACGUUUCCUUAGAGACAUAUAUAAUAUAAGAUUACAAUAUUCGAAUCUAUUGUGUAAAUUUUAGUAGUUGAUGUAUUAGUAUAUGUACUGCUUUGUGAUUUGAAUUUGAAUUUUGUGUGUGGCUAAAACUGAUCUUCUGCAUGAAAAUCAUUUUUCUAUAACAUUUGUUUUAUACGAAAA